UUCUGGACGAGCAUUUUUAAAGGUAACACCUAACAAUGUCAACAAAUAGCAGAUGGUUUCACGGAAACAGCCCGACUGUAAGAGUAAUUGUAGCCUAAUUUAUGUUUUAAAGUUACUUUUGAAAUGAAUCGUGACCUUUAAUGCAAAAGUAACAUGAAACAAACUAACAGUUUCUCUUUUUGAAGACUCGACUGUGUCUCAGCUAACGCAGCGUUAGCUAGAAUGCUAACAAGAUGCUUAGCCCUUCAUCAGUCGGCUCCCCAGAUGACCCUAAAUCCAUGUACAGUCAUCCACAAAACAAUGUUUACAGGAGCGGGGAUAAAACCAGUCCCAUUAGCGUUAUUUUAGUUAGUUCUGGCAGCAGAGGGAACAAACUCCUGUUUCGGUUUCCCUUCCAGAGAGCUGCUGAAUGUCCGUCUUCACUCUCAGGAAAGAAACGGAACCCAUAUGCACUGAACACAACUGGGGAGGUUCUUGAAGACCAGGAUGGCGACUCCAGGGAGCAAUCUCCACUAACUGAUGAACAGUUGGUAGCCGGGUUUUCUGACAUAAUCCUCGCCACCAUCCUGGCCACCAAGUCUGAUAUGUGUGGGAAGAAGUUUGAGCUGAAGAUAGACAAUGUUCGAUUUGUGGGGCACCCUACCUUCCUGCAGCACUCGCCCAUCAUCCAGCUUUCUAAAACCGAUCCUUCGCCCAAGAGAGAAAUGCCUACGAUGAUCCUGUUUAAUGUGGUCUUUGCUCUGAGGGCCAAUGCUGACCCGUCUGUGAUCAGCUGCAUGCACAACCUGUCCCGGCGCAUCGCCAUAGCCCUGCAGCACGAGGAGCGCCGCUGCCAGUACCUGACCAGAGAGGCCAAACUCAUGCUGGCUGUCCAAGAUGAAAUCACCACAGUGACUGAGAUAGGUGGAUGUCCUCAGUCCCCCUUCAGACAAAUCCUACCAAAAUGUAAACUAGCCCGAGACCUGAAGGAAGCUUACGACAGCCUUUGUACAACUGGUGUGGUUCGACUACAUAUUAACAACUGGCUGGAGGUCAGCUUCUGUCUACCGCAUAAGAUCCACAGGAUCGGUGGAAACUACAUCCCGCCAGAGGCACUGGAGCGCAGCCUAAAGGCUAUAAGCAGGCCUUACCAUGCCCUGCUGCUGCUGGAAAGUGAGAAGGCACUGCUCAGCCAACUUCCCCUGGACUGCUCACCUGCGAUGGUUCGCCUGAUUAAAACUUGCUCAGCAGUGAAAAACCUGCAGCAGCUUGCCCAGGACGCUGACCUGGCCUUGCUUCAGAUCUUUCAAAUUGCUGCCCACCUGGUUUAUUGGGGCAAGGCGAUCAUCAUCUACCCACUGUGUGAGAAUAACGUCUACAUGCUGUCUCCUCAUGCCAACAUCUCUCUAUACUCCCCAUUAGCUGAGCAGUUUUCCCAGCAGUUUUCUGGCCACAAUCUGCCCUCGAUGUUAGCCAAAUUUUCACUUCCCGUCUCAUUGGCUGAGUUCAGGAGUCCUCUGGAAGCUCUGGCACAGGAGGCCCAGCUGAUCCAGAUGGUGGUGUGGAUGCUUCAGCAUCGCCUGCUCAUCCAGCUGCACACCUAUGUCUGCCUUUUGAUACCGCCCGGUGAAGAUGAGCCUGGGCUGAAGGAGGAAGAACUUCCCCUGGCUGCCCGAGUCGGAGGCCGGAGUCUCAGCACCCCGAGCGCUCUGAGUUUCGGUUCACCUACGAGCAGCGAUGACAUGACUUUAACUAGCCCCAGUAUGGAAAAUUCAAGUGCAGAGCUGGUGGCGGGUGGAGAUUCGCCUCUAAACAAAAGGAUGACAGAAACGCUGCUCACAAGUCUGUCAGAGCACGAGAGGCAGGUCAUUCUUAGCAUCCCAGCUGCACAAAAUCCAGAGGAUCUGCGAAUGUUUGCAAGGUUGCUGCAUUAUUUCCGGGGACAUCACCACCUGGAAGAAAUUAUGUACAAUGAGAACAUGAGGCGCUCGCAGCUCAAGACGCUGUUCGACAAGUUCCGCAGUGUCCUUGUAGUGACCAAUCACGAGGAUCCCGUAAUUUCCAUCUUUCAGUCUCCCAUGGAUUAGCAGCUGUUUCAGAGCAGAUAAUCUGCUCACAGCCGGGUUCUCCUUCACCACAAACUGAGACGAAAGCAUACGCGUGUAAAGAUUUACAACACAUGAAAAAGUGUUCUCUCUUUGAGCCAAAUGUGGGUUUACAAUAUAAAAUUAUUUUGUAAGCAACGGACAUGCCUUAAGAGGCCACUGUGAAUACUGGAAGGACUGGUGUGCUGGGAGAUUGACGUGAUCUCCCCACCCGCUUCACGGGGUCACAGUGAUCCUUCCAGACCUCCAACUACCUUUUUUUAAGAAUUCCAGAGGUUUUGAUGGAAAAACUGUUAUGAAAAGGAAGAGACGGAGCAUCAAACUGAUGGUUGAGGGGAAACUGAGCGUUCCAAACAUCUGUGGAGUCACUGAAAGGAACAUUUCCCACGUGGGAAUGGAACAUCACAGAUGACACUGAGAAAGACGGUUCAGUACUUUGACAGGCACUGAUCUACUGAAUCCACUUUGUUAGAUCUGCUUGGUUACUCCGUUACACUCUUCUGUAUACUUUUGCAUCAAUAAAUGCAUUUCAAAACUGUAAAA